AUGAUUUCUUCACAAAAUAUUAUUUUUAUUUUAUCUUUAUUAUCAAUUUACCUUCCAUCAAAUAUUUUUGGACAACAAAAAGCUUGUGAAGUAAAUCAAAUAUUUAAUGGACAGGAGUGUAUCUGUGCACCUGGAUACUUCUCAUCUAAGACAGAUGAAUCUAAAUCACGAUGUGAAGAUGAGUGUGAAGAUAUUUUUAAAUCAAUCUUUGUUCAGGGUGUAUGUGUUAAAGGAAUAUUUUCAAGAAUUGAAAGAAAUAAGCAACCUGAAUGUAAUUUAAGGUGUGGUAUGAAUUUCCAUUGGUGGACUACUAUUGGACUUCUUACUAUUGCUGCUGCAGCUGUUGCAACACUUAUUUUUACUAUUCCUAUGUGUAUUGCUACCUGUUCAUCAUGUCUUCAUGCCAGAAAAGCUAAUAAGAAUGCAAGAAGAGUUUAUGAAGAAACUACAAAUCCUCAACCAAAUAAAGAUCAAUCAGCUAUUGCUACAAUGGGAUAUAAUCCAUACUCAUAUUGGCCAUAUUAUAGUGCACGUGCCUAA